AUGUCCAGCCGUCUCCCUGUCAACGUCCGACCAGUGCAUUACGACCUGGGUCUAGAGCUAGAUCUUGAGACAUGUCAAUUCCAAGGAACAGUUGAUAUUAGGCUUGUCGUACAAGAGACGACGUCGAUGAUCACCCUGCAUGCCGUUGAUCUGGCAAUCCACGAUCCCAGGAUCUCCGGCGUGGAGAUUCCCAUGGCCAGCCUGUCUCACAAUGCAGAGAAUCAAACGGCGAGCAUCAAACUGGAGCAGCCAUUGAGCAGUGGAGAAACAGCCACCCUCUCGCUGCGCUUCACAGGCACCCUCGACGAGCGUAUGGCCGGUCUGUAUCUCUCACGCUACACAGACGCCAACGACAAGACACACCGUCUGGCCGUCACGCAGAUGGAGCCCACGUAUGCGAGACGGGCGUUCCCCUGUUUCGACGAGCCGGCGCUCAAAGCCAGCUUCGCCGUAACGGUGAUUGCCGCGUCGCAUCUGGCCUGCCUGAGCAACAUGGACGUGAAGAGCGUGGAGUAUAUCACCAGUAAUACAAAAAGAGUGACAUUCUCCACCUCCCCGGCCAUGUCAACGUACAUCGUCGCCAUUCUCGUCGGCGAGCUGGACAUGCUCGAGACGGACACGGCGCGCAUCCCCGUGCGUCUCGUCGCAGCGCCGGGCAGGGAGAUCGACAGGCUCGGACCCUUUGCAUUGGACUUGACGGCCCGUACGCUGGCCUUGUACGAGCAACGCUUCGACAGCCCGUUCCCCCUGUCCAAGAUGGACAUCGUCGCGGUGCCGGACUACGUCGGCGCCAUGGAGAACUGGGGGUUGCUCGUCUACCGCGAAGCAGACGUGCUGGUGGACGUGGCGUCUUCAACCGCCAAACAGCGAGUCGUGCCUUUGAUCCAGCAUGAGUUGGCGCAUCAAUGGUUUGGGAAUCUGGUCACCAUGGAAUGGUGGGAUGGCCUCUGGUUGAACGAAGGCUUCGCCGACUGGAUGUCCCGGUACGCCUGCGAUGCCUUGUACCCCGACUGGCGCGUGUGGGAGAUGUACGUGGCCGAGAGUCUGCAGCGGGGAUUAUCUCUCGACUCGCUGCGCAGCUCGCAUCCCCUGCAGGUGGCGAUCCAUCGAGAAGAAGAGAUCGGGCAGAUCUUCGACGCCAUCUCGUACACCAAGGGGGCCUGCAUCCUGCGCAUGAUUGCCGGGUUUCUCGGCCAAGACGAGUUCCUGCGCGGCGUGCAGCUGUACAUCAGACGCCAUGCGUUUGGAACCGCCACGACGGACGAUCUAUGGGAUGCCUUGACGCAGAGCAGCGGCGGCAAACAGGAUGUUCGCCAGCUGAUGUCUGUCUGGACGUCGCGCGUGGGAUUCCCCGUGCUGACCGUGACGGAGGAUGCGACGGCGAACACGGUCCACGUCAGACAGAACCGCUUCCUAGCAACGGGCGAUGUACAGCCCGACGAGGACGAGACUUUGUAUCCCGUCUUUCUGGGGCUGCGCACCUCGACCGGCGUGGACAGCAAGAUCCACAAGACCCUGCUGCUGACGGACCGCGAAUGUACGCUCAAGCUCGACAGUCUGGACUUCUUCAAGCUGAACGCAGACCACACGGGCUUCUAUCGAACGGCAUAUACCCCGUCCCGACUGCGUCGACUGGGCCAGGCCGCGCGACAACGCCGGCUGCCCGUGGUCGACCGCGUCGGCCUCGUCGCCGAUGCAGCUGCUCUAGCCGCGGCGGGAUACCAAGGGACGACGAGCGUGCUGGCGCUGCUGCAGGAAUUGCAGUCCGAACCAGAGUACUUUGUGUGGAAGCAGAUGGUGGCCAGCCUUGCCUCGAUCCGCGCCGCGUGGAUCUUCUCCCCCGACGAGACGAUGCAGCGCGCUCUGCACUCGUUUGAACGACAACUGGUCAGCGCCAAAGCCCACCAGCUCGGCUGGGUGAUCGACGACGACGACGACGACGACACCCACGACAGCCAUCUCAGCCGACAGUUCAAGACCCUGCUGUUCGAGAGCGCGGUGCGAGCGGGCGACGAGCGCGCCCACGAAGCUGCGAUGGAGAUGUUCCGGCGCUUCCAAACCGACCGGACCGCCAUCCACGCCGAUCUGCGCGCCGCCGUGUUUGCAGCAGCCAUCAUGACAGGCGGCGAGGAGGCGUAUCACCUCGUUCUCAACGAAUACCGGACCGCGCCGACGAGCGACCAGCGCAUCACUGCCCUCCAAGCCCUGGGCGAGGCGCGCGACCCGCUUCUCCUCCAGCGCACGAUCGACAUGCUUCUCUCUUCCGAAGUGCGGCUGCAGGACAUGCACGUUCCGAUGCGGUCGCUCUGUACGCAUCGUGACGGCAUCCUCGCGCUGUGGGAGUGGCUCACGCUCCACUGGGAGACGGUGCAGAGCCGACUCUCUGUUGGACUGGUUCUGUUCGGGAUGGUGGUCGGGCUGUGUACGAGCGGAUUCACGACCGACGAGCAGCGAGAACAGGUGCAGAGAUUCUUCCAGGAUAAAGCGUGCGACCUGUUCGACAAGGCGUUGCAGCAGAGUCUGGACGAGGUGAGAAUGAAGGCUCGCUGGGUGCAGAGGGAUGCAGAGGAAGUCAAGAGAUGGCUGCAUCGAGAGGGAUAUCCUAUCGACAUGGUGCCCAAGCAGUCGCUGCCUCGUUAUGCAGUCGGUCUGGCUAUACUGGGGCAGAUGUACAUGCUCGGGAGAUAUUUCUUUUGA